GAGCCGGUACCAUGUGGCUGCUGAUUGUCCUCCACCUCCUCGCCCUCUCAGAGGCUGGUAGGCACAAACGUUACCUCGUGUACCCCGACGGCGGACCCGCUCGAGCGCAGUUCAUCAUAGGUCUCGGUGUUCCAGUAGACUUAAAAGAAGCAUCAGUAACAGUAGGAACAGUCAUCAAAUUUCAGUAUGACUUACCGACAAACAGUACAGAGUAUACCAGUCGUAUAUACGGAUUUGCCGAAACUGUCUCCAGGGAUAUGAAUGGUGAUGAAAAAGAUGAUAAAGAAAAAGAUAACGCAGAAAAUGACAUAGAAAAUGAUUCCAGAAACAUUGACAAUAUUGAUGAUGAUUUAGAAAAUAAUAGUACAUUAGUAGAUCUAACCUUUGAUGACAGAAGACGAAGAUCUAUUAUGUAUACAGAAGGAGGAGCUAACAGUAUAGACGAAUUUAGCGUCAACACUGAUAUACCGUUAGAAGAAGCUAUUAGAAGGCAAGAAAUAAUAGACCAGAAGAAUCUAGGAGAUGAAGAACCACAGAGGAUGAAUAGAUGGGACUUUUAUAAAAUUCUCGAGCACAUGGUCGAAAGGUACGGCUAUUCAGGUAGACCCUGCCUGCUCAGAACCAUCUGCGAGGCGGCGGCCGUACCUUUUACCUACGAAAACGGCUUGCUUGGAGAAAUUGGCCAUAUAUUAUUCACGCCAUCAACGACAAAAGACAGUUUAUCCCACCACACGGACAAUGAGUACCACGCUGCAGAGCGACUGGGUAGAUCAGCUGAUACAUCCAGCUGCGAGACCCUCUUCCCGGAGUGCGAAGACUCCAUCCUGGACACCUUCACUGGAAUCGGCAUGGAUACGUUACACAAGUUUGGGUUCUAUUAA